AUGCGCUUCAACUUGAUCGCCGUCACCCUGGCCGUUGGCCUCUCCAGCUUUGUGGGAGCUGCCCCCGUCGCUCAAGCGGCUGUCGCGGAGCCUACCGCCACAAGCUCCAUCCUAGCACUAGCCACUGCCACAUCUGCCCCUGAGACUGAACCCGAAGUCACUGAUGAGAAUGGCGGUAAAUGGUCCGAGGAGGCUACCGACUGCCCGGCGUUCAUGGCUCGUCCUAAGGGAACUAUCCAGGCAAAGCGAUGCGUUUUCUAA